AGUGUCUCCGACUCAGGAGACAGCAUCAAUUAGAACAAGAAAUUAUGUGGAAAUAUGGGCAGCUUUAGAUGAUGCCUGUAUGAAUAGAUUUAGAGAUUGGUCUUAUGAUGAAAUUCUCUCUUUCUGUGCAUUGUUUUAUAAGCUAAGUGCAACUAAAGCAUCUGAUUUUUGUUAUAAAGGUAUUCAAAAAUUAACAUACAGAGCAAGUAAAUUGAAUAAGUCACAACUUGUACAAACAUUUUUCUUUAUAGCUGCGAUGAGGUUUUCACCUCAUGAUAUGCAUGGUAUGGAACUUGCCGUAGAAAAACAUUUUGAUGAAAUGAGCAUAGACGAGUUAGCCAUAGUGUCUAUGGGUUUCUUCAAGAGUAAAGUUCCAGUUAGAAGCAUGUCUUUAAUAUCAAAAAUAAUUGAUAGAAUUUGUGAAAAUGCAAAUACAAUUAACGAAGUGACACUUGCUGCUUUACUUAAGGUUAUUCGGCUUUCACGAAAGUUUCCUAUUGACAAUAAAAUAUGCAUAUUUCUGGACACAUUGCAGUCUCAAGUACCACGUCUCUCAGUUAUGUGUAAUGUUCACAUAGCCUUGCUUGCAAGCAGUACUCUAACAAAACAUGAAAGCUGUCUUUUUAACAUCGCUAAUACUGUUUUAUCAAACAUGUCAGGAACACGUAUAAAAGAUAUGGAACGGUUGGUGCUUACUUUUGGAACUCUUAACAUGAUACCUGACACUAAGGAAAAUUUUAUAGAAAGAGUAAUUGAAGAAUUAAGAAAAUCAGACCGAGAAACUGAGAUAAAAACUCAUGGUCGAUCAUUUGCAUGUUGUGUAGCAUAUCUGGGUCUAUUGGGAUAUUAUCCUAUUGACCUAAUGGAAAAAGUAUUAAAUAAAGAAUUUCUAGAAAACACCUAUGGAAAAUACUGCCUAGCAUAUGGUCGAGAAAUAUUAACUAUACAUAACUUAGUAAAAAUAUUUCACAAAGAAAAGUGUUUGGAAGUUCUCACAGAAAAAGAAGCUGUAAUAUUAGCUAAAAGAUAUACUGAUUAUAUUCCAGAUAUAAAUUUUCAUAAACAGUAUAAUGUUACUGAAAAAAUGUUUUUAGAUUUAAGACAAAUUGUAGAAACUACCAGAGGGGGACUCGAGUAUGUUACCGGACAACAUAUUCUUACCCAUCAUCAACGAGGAGAUAUAAUAAUCUGUGAUUCUCAAAAUGACAAUCCCGUUGAAGUUAAAGAUGUAUUUAAAUUUGGCAAGCUUAUUCCCGCUCCUAAUGAUAGCAAUAUAUGGAUAGUGUUAGUAAUAGCUGGACGAAAUGUAAUGCUUCAUAACUCUGAUGAGCCAUGUGGUCAUUUAUUAUCAAAAAUUCGGGAGCUUAACGCUAUGGGAUACAAAUCUGCACCAGUCAUCUGGAAUAUUUAUUCAAAACUUAACACUUUUGAAGAAAAAGAAGAAUAUAUAAAUAAUAUCAUUACUGAAGCCAAAUCUAGGCCAGAAAGACGAGUGAGGGUCUAAGGGCGUCGGCACGUUCAUCACUACAGCUACAUAAUCUAAUGGGAAAAAAAGUUAAAUGUGAUAACCCUAAAAUCUACCAAAAUAAUAUUCAUAGUUUUCACCUUGCAAUGUGGGUUGUUCAAAAAUGAAUUAGAUGUGUUAGUAAUUUGUUACUAAAAUAAAAUAUAUGUAUGAUCAUC